CUGUGUAAACUGUCAGCAGUAAUCCUUUUACAAGGCUGACUAAAUUCUGAAGCUCUGACAUGUGGACCGUUCCUCUUCCUUAUAUAGGGCUGGAUAAGUGCUGGGCAGUAAUGAGAUUGGAAUAAAAGGCUUUGGUAACAAAGACGAACUGGCAGUCCCGACUGAAUCUUAAACUUAUCCCUGCAUAUACAUGGACUUCAAACAACAUGGGUGUGCGUCCUGCUUGGCUGAAGUUGGGCUUGAUGCCUCUGUUUUGGAGCUUCUGCUUGUGAAUAGCAGUUAGUCGCUCGGGCUGCAGAUUCACCCAGAUGGAUAAAAGACAGGAAUGAAAUUAGGAAGAGAAAGGAGAUUUGAAAGAGAAGAGACUGGGGUUGCUUGAGAGGGCUGCUUACAAAGAGGCAGCAGGAAUGUGAACUGAAGGAAAAUUGAGUUGUUUGGCGCUGUGGCAUCUUCAGCUUACUGCUAUGGACAGUGCUAUCACCCUGUGGCAGUUCCUCCUCCAACUCCUCCAAGAGCCUCAGAACAAGAAUAUCAUCUGCUGGACCUCCAGUGACGGGGAGUUCAAACUGCUGCAGGCAGAGGAGGUGGCCAGACUCUGGGGAAUCCGCAAGAACAAGCCCAGUAUGAACUAUGAUAAACUCAGCCGUGCUCUCAGAUACUAUUAUGUGAAGAAUAUCAUUAAAAAAGUGAAUGGUAAGAAGUUUGUGUACAAGUUUGUUUCUUAUCCGGAGAUUUUAAAUAUGGAUCCACUUGUCGUGGGCCGUAUCGAAGGAGACCCUGAAAUGGCUGGUUUUGCGGAAGUUAGCAGUGCUCCAAAGGACGUGGAAAACUGUGGGAAGGAGAAGUCGCAGUCGUGUGCUAAAUCCUCCAGCCGCAAUGACUACAUCCACUCAGGCUUGUACUCCUCUUUUACUCUGAACUCGCUGAACUCUUCCAGCGUAAAACUCUUCAGGUCCAUCAAGAUUGAGAAUCCAGCUGAGAAGCUGAUGGAGAAGAAACCUGCUCAGGAUCCCACACCCUCUGUCAUCAAGUUUGUAACCAUGCCCUCCAAAAAGCCUUCAUCUGUCCCUCUGGUCUCUACCACGACAGCGGUUUCUGCCACUUCCACCGCUUCUGCCACUUCAACCGCAUCCUCUCUUCCCAUGGGAUCGGAAGAAACUCUCCAGACCUUGGAGACGCUUGUCCUACCCAAGUUAACUGUCCCCGAAGCUCCAGCACCUUUGCCAAACCUAACCACCAGCUUCACCCCAACUCCGCCCAUAUCCUCAGUUUCUCCCACUCUGCAAGUCCCUUCCACACCGCCAUCGCCGCCCCUGAGCUCUAAUCCUGACCUGGACAUUGACACGGACAUAGAGUCCGUGGCUUCUCAGCAGCUGGAGCAGGCUCAGAGCCUUCAGCAUCAAUCCCCAGAGCCCAAAGAGCAGGAUUCGUCUGUGCUGGAGAAGGAAUUUGCCAAUCACCUCUCCAGAUCUAAGAAACCCAAAGGGCUGGAGUUGGCUCCUACUCUCGUCAUUACAGGCAGUGAUCCAAGUCCGCUGGGGAUUCUGAGUCCUUCUCUCCCAACUGCUUCUCUUACUCCAGCAUUUUUCUCUCAGACUCCCAUCUUGCUGACCCCAAGUCCCUUGCUCUCCAGUAUUCACUUCUGGAGUACGCUAAGCCCAGUCGCUCCUCUCAGUCCUGCGAGGUUGCAAGGUGCUAAUACACUCUUUCAGUUUCCAUCAGUGCUGAACAGUCAUGGCCCAUUUACUCUGUCUGGACUGGAUGGACCUUCUACCCCCGGCCCAUUUUCCCCUGAUCUACAGAAGACAUAGCACAUGAACUCAUGGAAAGGACAUAUUGGCAAGCAAGGGAAAGAUAUGACACUUAUAUUUAACCGUGUUUUUUAAACGAGCAAUUUAUAAUUCCACAGAGAUUAUUCAACAAUCAUAGUUUUUGCCAUUCCCAAAUAAAAUGCCUUUUUUGCAAAAUUCCCUUUUUUGAAGACCCAGGUUGGGAAUGUAUAUGCAAACGCCUUAAUAGGAGCUGAAGCUCCGGUCUCUUCUCCUCCCUCCUUGGUUUGGAAGACUUCAUGAUGGCUAAAGGGAGUUUCGGUUGGUGUUGCAGUAACUGAGUCUGCACUGAUUGCAGUAAACGGUAUCAGAGAAGUCUUUUCUCUGUGACUCUUGGAAAAACCCUCUGUUCUUCUGCUUCGUGUGCUUGGCAAGAAGAAAUCUAAUCAUGAUCGAAGCUGGCAUUCCAGGAAACGCUUGGGAAAGGGUUGCGUGCAUCGGCUUUGCCUUGGGGCCUGGUAACUUCCGCAGCAACAAAACAGCCCGCGUCUUUUCUGCUGUAAAAACAUCUUGUCUUUUUGCAGGGAGAAAUUUUCAAGGAAUAUUCAGUGAUUGUGUUACCGAGAUACGGACAAUUUUUGAAUGGCAUUGCAUACCGACAGUCCAGCCCCUCGGAGAAGCGGUCUGGCUAGCUUCUGGAUGCUUCCCUGCCCUCCCUUGGGUGAGGAGGCAGGGUCUGGAGACGAAUGGUGGGAUCAGUUCCUUUCAGUUCUCAGAAAGUUUGAAUGCUGAAGUCCAAACAUUUCGUGUGCCAGAGACCUGUUACAAGCCUGUAAUCUCACUGCUAGGACAUUAGCAGGAUGGUGGGUUUUACAUGAGGUUUUGAGGGUGGGUCUGCAUUUCGUGAGGUUGCUGCCUGAUGCUAGAGUUUCAGACCCAGACAGUGGGUGAGAACACUAACGUCUGAGCAUUAACGUUACUGCUCUUUUCCCACAGUUGAAGCGGAGAAGCUCCUCUUCUACCAGCUCUUAUCUCUAGUUUUGCUUUAGAUCUAUUGCUUUUUUAAUUUGAGGAAGCACACAGAUCCAAAGUUCUGCUCUGUGUGUACAGCUAGCUGAGAGGGGUGCCACGGCUUAUCAGCGUUACUGUAAAUUUGAACUUGCGUUGCUUUCCUUGGUGGCCAUGUGUGAAUGAAUUAAUACAAGGUUAGUUUCCAGAGCCAUUUGAAACACCGAUGAAAUUUGUGAGUAGCUUUUUACAACUCAGGAGGCCUUUUAAGAGAACGGAGGAAUGAAAGAAGAGAGACUCUCCUCUCAGAGACUGGAUGUCUCGGUCUGUUGGCACUGCGGAGUGCCCUUCCACUUUGGGCAUCUGCUAUCAGGCAGCAACUUCUGUUUGCUACGAUGUGCGUUGAGUUGGUGAAGUAAGAUAAUCUCCAUAAAAUGCCCACUAGAGAAGAGGAGACCAUCUCUUUCCUUUGGCAUCCUCACUGGCUGUCUUCAAAGUUUUAAUGAGCAGAGGAAGAUUGUACCUUUACAGCAAGAGGAGCUGACGGUGUACGCUGUAUAUAUUGCACCUGUCUUACGGAUAAGUGGUGAACUCGGAGCUUUCCAGAGUUUUCCUUUUGCCACUUCUGCAGACUCUGAAUUCACUUUAAAGCAUAUGACAAUACCCAAGACUUAAUUUACUGCAGCGACGUUAUCUUUCUAUAUUCUAGCAUUGAAAUAUAAACCACUUUACGAUGUUCCUGACAUGACACCGGAGACAGGUGGGUGUCAUGGAGUUGGUUUUUGGGCGUUGUUCAUCCAGAAAGGGAGAAAAGAGUAUGCCUUUCUUUAGGUGGAGAUGGCAGGGAGCGAGCUCACGUAGUGAACUGUCUUCCUGUUCGGUUACGUCAGAGGCAUGAUACUGCUUCGCGUUUUAGACAUCAGCAGAUGCAGGAUAAAGUUCCUGUGCCGGCGGCUCUUAAAAUGACAAUGUGCAAUAUUGACCUUUUUUUUUUUCUUUUCUUUUUUUUUUUUUUUUAAUGCAGAAAGCAAGCUGCAGAUCAUAAUUAAGAGCAGGCAUCUGGAAUUUUCUGGUUUGCAUGAUGGCUUAUGAGUCUGCUCUAGAAAAUAUAUAUAGCUAUAUAUAAAUAGCAGCACUUUUAAUGGUUGUUUUAGGUUGGCCAAUUUUAUGCCCACCAAGUGCGUGGACUUGAGAGCAACGUUGCAGACUAGGAUUAGCAUUUAACAAUAAUUAAUGAGCACUAAAGACUUGCAAUUUAAUUGCUUCCCUUUCCUUGUCCCCUAUGGAGAAAAGCCAAGUUUAUUUGUUUAAAAGUUGUGUAUGUGCACACGUGCACUUGAUUUUUUGUAAACUGUAUCACUUUCAGCAUAGGUAUGCAAGAGAACCAAAUGCUAACGUAGCUUGUCCGUUGUGCUCGGCCUGCUUCCGUGCUCUUCUCCGAGCAGCUUCGCAAGACUGCGCUGCCAUAGCUGGUUGAUGAGAUACACGUUCGCCUUCAGGAAAACCUUCUUCAGAGGAAGUCGAUGUGAAAAUGCAGCCUGUGUGCGUUGGUUUCAAUCCGGUAAUAUCCAACUUCCUGACGGAUAGCGCUGAGAUGAUUGCUGUUGCUUUUUAAGCACCUGCCUAGGAAAAUAGAAGUCCCGUAUAGGAUUAUAAUCUCAGGAGGCAGUUGGGAAAGCAGGUUGAAAGGGGAGGGGAGGUGGGAGAAGACAGGCUCGCUCACCUUUUCUCCAGUACAACUUUCAGGUCACUUAAGGUAAUGUUAUCUUGUAUAUAUGCUGCCUCAUUAAACACACGUAUACUAACGAGUACGUCAGUGCCAGCUUUUUUUGAAUCACGUUCCUGACAGAGCACAGUGUCGCUGUGACUUCUUGGAGCUUGGUUAUGUGAAUUGCUGGUACUUUUGCUAACUCGCUUCAGGAGCAGUUCGCAGCUUGUUGCAACUUGUUUUUAAUUUAGUGUAGGGAAGGUGGGGGUUAAUAUAGGCUCUCUUUUAAUUAUCACGUGAGCAGUCUGUAAUAUGGGUAUAGUACCGUGUUGGUUUAAAAAAUAAUAAUGCAGCAUUACAGAAAUGUUUUAUUACAUUACAAUUCAUGUUGCCGAAGUAGCCGUGGUAUUGUUGAAUGCUUGAUAAUAUUUGCAUCGGUUAAUUCAUAGAUGGUGGUAGAAUUAGAGUGGAUGAGCAUGGAAGCUGAACAUCUGUCCUGCUUCUGGAAAUCUCUUUUACAUGUCGCUGCUGCUGUAUAAUAGUACUGCACAGUUGAAAAGCUUGCACUGCUGUUGCUGCGUGUGCCACGUCUAGCUUUUUUUGAGAUCCUGAACUGUCAGGACGCCACUAGCAACACGUGCUGCUAGCAGAAACAAUCCAUGGAAAGCAGAAAUGUGUUAACAAUACCCUACGGUUAUAGAACCAUACUUGUUCUGUCUUACCUGUUUUCAGAGAAUGUGAUCUGAGUAAUGAGGGUGAUGGAGGUAAGUGUUUGUUUGGUUUUUUUCCCUUAACAGCAGCUUAAGUCUAGAUCCUUGUUUCAGAAAUCGGUCUUCAGCAGUGACGGCUGAAUGUAAUUCCUAUGCACUGUCUUUGGCACAUUCAAGUUGCGUUUUGCAGUAGGUCAGGAAGUGAUAAAACUCCUUGAUUUGGAGAAUCCAUUAUUUUAACUUAGAGCAUCCUAAGGCUUCAGUAUCCAUGCGGUUUUUGGUGUAAUGGAGCAUGCAUUGUAAUACGAAAGGCUUUGGCUGGUCAGUGGUUUGUUUGGGGUAAUUUCUCCCUCUGACACGUUUUCAAACCUCAGAUACCUAGCAAAUAGAUUCUUCUUGGUUUGUAUAGUUUUUUUUUAACCACAGUGAAGGCUGCUUGUGUGCAUAUCUUCCUUUACACGGCUUUUCAAAGCGCAGGGAGACGCAUUAAUGUCAGAUUCCCUCACGACUUCAACUUUCACGCAAGAACUUCUGCGGGCUGAGAUCGGACGAAAGAGCUAGCCCAGCGCAGUGACGCAGUUUCUCAGGUGAGCACAGGCGCAGAGUUCUGAUCCACUUCUGUAGCGUUUUUCUAGUGCUGAGGUCAGAACCGACGGUUCUGACAGUCUGUUGGCUACUCAUGGUUUAUUCAUAUAUCUUUUAGUUACCUUUUGCUACUGUUUUAUAGCAUUUUUGUAUGUACUCAUGUUUUACUACAAUUUAACCUCUUCCAUUUUUAAUGCAUAGUUGUUUACAAGACACAUCUCAGUGUUGUAUCAAGAGGCUAUCUUGGUAUUGUCGGCUAUGAAAAUAAACUACAUCAGUAGUUAAGGGACAUUGUCAAAGUUGACAGGUAUUUCAAAACUUGAUGUUUGAGGUCUGGGUGCCCGUAACAAUUUUGUUCUGUUUCGUUCCUUAGUUCUCCUGUGUAAGAAAUACACGUACCUUCUGGCCUCUGAGGUCGUGGGUCUGGAUAGUUUAUUUUGUCUUAAUAAUCACGGAGCAGGGUAUUGCAAACAAACAGCCCGAGCCCCACAGGGUCUUACACUCGCCAGAUAAGUCGAAAAUCCAUUAGAAUUGCAAGCAUGUUGCUUAGAAGCUAUUCGGGAUGUUUUAAUAAGGUAUCGUGUGUCUUGCCUAAACAGGACUUUCUAUGGUUUGAUUUGAAUUUAAUUAAAAAGUAAUUAGCAAUGGCUGCUGUUUAGUCUGAACAGUGUUAGCAAAUUGCUUAAUGUGGAAGCCUUUGGCUGUCGCCGUCGUUGAGUGGUGGUUAAUAUGUGACAUGCUAAAGCUGAUCUGCUGAAAUCAGCGGCUGUCAGAUGAAGAUUAAAAGAUAAAAUGCAGCGACAGUUGUUUUACACAGUCCUUCAGGGCUGUCACUGCAAAAGGCUUUCUCUUGGAUCCACAUCUGUGGCGAUGGCGUUCCACUCUGAGCGAGUCGUAUCGACUAUGUAGGGGCCCUUGGUAAAAGCUGAUUCUGGGCAGAGAAGAAUUUUUGAAAAUAGAACCAAAUCUUUCCUCCAUAGCCUGCUUUUAGUCACAAGGAAAUGAGAGAGGAGCUCCAGAGCUGCAGUAAGGGCAGUGCUGCCAUACUUCUGCUAUCUGGGUUUAUCAUCAACGGACCUUCUAUAGAAAUUUCCCGGCUGUCUUGGUGCCACCUAAAGCAGAGAGGUUAAGCGUUGCUUUCGGGUGUCUGGUGGAUCUCGAACUGAGCAAUAUUAUUCUUGCCUUUGUGCAAAAGAACAAACAGAAACAAGGGAGAAUACGUUCCCUGGAGAACGUUGAUUCGUUUUGGAGGAUGCAGCUUCGCUGACCGUAACCAUGCUUUGCAAAAAAAUAAAGUGACCUGCAAGGUAGGAGAGCUGGGCAGGGCCCAGUGUUUCUUCUUGAAUGUGUACGCUGAUGUGUUUCCCUCUCAGGAUAGCAAGCUGUCCGCUUCAUAUAAAUUAUUCUACAAAAAACGUAAAACUGACUAGAGUUUAUUUUUGUUUACCCCUUCCCAAAGAACAUAGUCAAAGACUUUAACUAUGGCGCUAUUCAAGACAUCUGAUAAAAGGCAUGCUUGGAGAGCUGAAAACUUGUUUUCAGAUGCGUGGUUUAACUGCGACUGGACUAGCUCUCGCCACGUGAGCAUGCGCGUGUACGCGUGCUCGCUGCCUGGGAGCACGUGUGUUCGUGACCUGCUCCGGCUUCCAGGUUUGUACAAAUGCCGCUUACCGUGUACACGCAGAGCAAACGCUGCACUCUGCAGUUGCUACUUUUAAAUGUUUUGCACACGCUGGUGAGGUUUUUUGGGACAUUUUUUUUUUUAGUACUCAAAUCAGUUGUACCACAGUGUGGACGAAUUAGUUGCCAAAGGUUAUUUUUACCUGCAUCUUUGCCGUCGUAUGCCACAUCUUCUUAAAAGAAAAAUGUGUCUUAAAUGUGUCUUUGAAUAGUUUGAUGUUCAUGGAACAAAAGUUCGGACUUCUCUUUUACUUUAAAACACUUGCUUCUCUGUUGAGAUCAUGCGUUGUAGAAGGUUUUCAUCUCAAAGUAGGGUUUUUGGCUGGGGUGUAACAGGAUGAUUCGGAGAACGGGUCCUUUACUGGCGACGCUGAAGGACCUGUAAGCAGCGCAGCGAGGAGAGGGGCGAUGUGGUGGGAGCCCGUUUCAGUCGUGAGCAGUACAUGCCGCAGUGCUGUACUAAUAACUGGAAGCUGUCGUUCUUUUUUUGUUUGGGUUUUUUUUGUUUCUUUUUUUUUUUUAACACAGGAAGGCUUUGAGGGUGGCCUCUGCAUGGUUCCUAGUGUGUGCUGUGUGCUGGGGGCGGGGGGGUUACAAUACCUGGGUUUGCUCUAGGCUCCUUGAGAUGUGUUGUGUUUUUUUUGGCUAGCAUGUCUUAAAUCUUCAGGCUUUGAAACUGCUUUAUAGACUUGUGUUGACUUUUUGUUCUGCUGUUGUUCAGUUGCACAGAGUUUUAUAUAUAUGAUGUACUAGUUUUAACGUUAAUUCUCUGUGAACAGGGUUGAGAUUAUUCAUUGUAGUUUAAAAAAAAAAAAAAGUUGUAUUCUAAAACUCCCUUUUCAAAUCUGUUUGUAUUCUGUUGCAGUGUUACCAGAUGGCCUUAUGUACGUCACAGUGUUUUGUGAUAAGUACAGUAGCACAUUUAAUGCUUAUCUCCCCCCCACACCCCGUUUUUAUAGCUGAGAAGUAUAUUCUUAAUAGUAGAGAUAAUACAUGAGGAAAUUCUAGCAACAUGUACGGUAAGGAUAGCGGUUGUCUCCUCUAAUGUAUAUUAGGACAGCUGGAAUUAAUCUGGGACUGAAACGACACCGAAUAGGGAUCGUUAACCAGCACGAGACUCUGUCUUGGGAAUUCUGAGAAUCUUUGGGCGAGCCGACGGCCGAUUUGAAUCGUACGCCAGAAGCUUGUAAAUCCGACUAGAUCUGUUGGCUUCACUGCAGCCGGUCAGACUUACCCCGGCCGAGAACCUGGCCCUUGCAGCUUUUUGUCCAUGGCUCAGACAGAGUCAGGGGAGGGAAGUUCAAGCUGAAUUUUAGAGAGGUUAAGCCACCUAAUCGGCUGUGGUCCGGUGUGACAGUUCGGUGUGUUUUUAACGUGCAUAUCUGUUUUGGAAAGUGACUUCAGUGUUUAUGCCUCAAUUGAAUUUUUAGGUUAGCCUGGGUUCUUUGCAAAGCCGGGAGGCUGACGGCUGCAGUGUUUCCGUACUGCAGCAGCUCCGCCACCUCUGCUCGGGGCAGGCUGGGCAGCCAGGCCCGGCGGUCACCGCACUCCUUAACGCUGGAAUGGUCCCUUUUGCUCUCCCGUGAUUUUAGUAAAACCGUCAGUGGUAAAAAUUACACUGAAAGCAGCAGAGAUGAUCACAUUUUCAGUUACUCUUUCCAGAACAGAAUUGCAUAGUUAUAAAUAUAUAUAAAUAUAUAUAGUACCAAGCGAAGGGACAAAGGCGAGUGAUGUAGUGAGUGUCUAACUUCCUACACUGGAGACUUUUUCUACACACGGUCCUUUAAAGACAACUGUAAUCUUCCACCGCUUUGGUGCUCUCGUUACAGUUGGGUAAAACUGCCUGGGGGAAGAUAGCUUCUCAGUCUAACUUUUUUUUUUUUAAAAAAAAAAACAACCUUAUAAUAAGAGUAUCUUAAUGCCAUUGUGUUUAAAAAAAAAAUGCUGGUAUGUAAUGCAAGUACAUAAAUAGCCAAAGUUUUCCGUAAUUGUUCAGUGUUACUAAAUUUGCUUUUAUUUAACCUUCCAAGAUAACAUAUUAGGAAGACCUUCGGCAUGUUGAUAUCCUAUUGGAAAAAAAAGUCUGAUCAACUCGAUUAUAGCAGAUACGCAGUCAUUUUGAACACAUUCCAGGUUUCAGUACAAUUUGGAGGCAAAGUUCUAAGACGCAAAGCUUACUUUGGAGGAAGCGCACUGUAAUGACACUUCAAAGUAAUAAAUGCUGCUUUUAAAGAGUGGCGUAUUGGCAGUUGUUGUUCAAACAUAAUGAAGGUCUUUCCUGAGAAAUCAGGUGACUUUUCUAUUGCUUCAGUUUUUGUGCAAAAAAAAUAUAAAAUAUUCAAUGUAUUGCAAUCUUUUUUAAAAAAUGGGGUGGGAAUAGUUAAAGAAAACUAUUUUAUGUAAGAACUGACAGAGGGAUUUGCUUUGUAUAAUGCAAGCUGGCUUUAAAAAAAAGCAUUGUAGCAAAUUAUUCAAGUCAAUCAUAUGUUAAUAGUUAUGUGCAACCAGACAUGCAAAACAAUUGUAUUUUUUUAAAUAAAUAUUUUUAACAAA